AUGAAACCUUCUUCUUCAGUCUCCAAAAAUACGGACGCUCUCACGUCGUUGAUAUCAUACGCACUUCCUCCGUUCCUAUCCAGCGAUCAUCAUACAAGCACGAAUAACAGUCAUCCAUCAGCUAUUGAUAUCAAUCAAUUCACUUCAAGUCGUCACAUAAUACCGUCGUCAUCUGUCCCAACUCAUCCCUCGCAAUCACCUGAUCUGGAAACUGUCUCAGCAAGACACUCAGUUCCGUCGGAUAAUCAACUAAAACCAAGCAAUAAUAAUAAUAAAAUCUCAAACAAUAUCACCACGAAUCCUAAAGAUAUCCCCUCCAAUAAAGAAUCUUCGACAAAGCAAACCACUAAACCGAUCUUAACAAACACCAAUAAUAGCAAUCGUAAUCCUCACCACCGAAAGAAGAAAACCGUUGCUUUCGGUAGAACUGUGAAUGUCUCACAAACAAUUGAGGGUUCUAAACCAAAGAAGAUGUCAAAUCUAACGGCACCUGUAAGAGAACGAAAAGACUCCGUGCAAACCGCAUUGACUAAUGAAGAGCUAAUGACCAUAAAGCAGACGGUUGAUGAGCUGAAAAAUUCGGUUGAUCAACUGAAACAAAACGAUUUGGCCAAAGACAAAUUGCUGGCUGAGUUGGAAAGGAAAUAUGCGAAGCAAGAAAGGGAAAUGCUUGAAUUGAGCGAUAUGAUGAAGGUAUUAACUUCAGUUUCACUCAUCCACUUCAAUUGUCUAUCAAAAAGAUGUCAAAAUUACGGUUUCGGUUUAAAAUCAAUUUCAGAUUAA